AACUUGAACGCAAACUUGAUUAAUCGACAGUAUCCCGAGGGAAUCAGCGAGCUCGCGUAUAAGGAGGAUUUUGCUGUUCGCGGCCUUCAUUAUGACAUCGAAAAGGGUCUGCUGCUGAAACUCGACAGUUUCUUGCAAAUUCAAUUUGGCACCGUUUACCGUGGCUUACAUCCGCUACCGGACGAAGAAGUCCUCAGGCUCUAUAAGAACCGAAUAAUACCGAUCGCUUACGUCGAAGCGCCUCAUAAACAUUCUCACAAAGAGGCAUUACACCGAACGAAAAUGGUUCAAUUGGCUGAUUUAUUUUCUGUGCCGGAAAUGGGUCUUCUUUGUAACGUUACCGAAUACUUCCUGAGUAACCAUAUCGAUUACCAUCCUGAAAUACUUUUUAGAGACGUAAAGAAUUCUGUACAAAGUUGCCAUCCGAUAAUGCAUGGCAUGGUAGUUGAAAACGUGUCCGAGUACUUGGAACAAAAUAAAGAUUUAAGAAGAUUCUUUGAGCGUCUGAAAAAAAAUAAUAAAAAUAUGUUCCUAGUGACCAAUAGCCCUUUCCAUUUUGUCGAUACUGGAAUGAAAUUCUUAGUCGGUAACGAUUGGAGGGACUACUUCGAUGUGGUAAUAGUUCAAGCGAGGAAACCGAAAUUCUUUACCGAAGAAACGCGGCCCCUUCGAAUCUACGAUGAAAUCAACAAAACUCAACUAUGGGAUCGAGUGACCACACUUGAAAAAGGAGUGAUAUAUCUGGAAGGAACAGUCAAACAGUUACAAGAUAUGACUGGUUGGCAGGGGCAUCAAGUGUUAUAUUUUGGAGAUCACCCUUACAGCGACUUAGCGGAUGUUACGUUAGAGCAUGGCUGGCGAACCGGUGCGAUAAUCAAAGAACUGAGCCAUGAAAUCGCGACGUUGAAUAAUCCAAGAUUCAAGGAGAACGCGAAUUGGUUACAAAUGUUAACGGGAUUGAUCGAGGAUCAUCAAGAUUACGAAGGGCCGGAUGUGCAAAUCGUACUCAAUGAAUGGAUUAACGAAAGAGACAGUUUGAGGAACGAGAUAAAACGAGUAUUUAACAAACAGUUUGGCUCGGUAUUUCGGACAUACCACAAUCCCACGUAUUUUUCGCGAAGACUUUUUCGGUUCGCCGACAUUUACAUGAGCUCGAUCACGAACCUGUUAGAAUACUCGACAAGCCAUACGUUUUAUCCGAGGAGAGGCGUGAUGCCGCAUGAAUAUACGAGUUACUUCGUGUAACAUAUACAUCGUUAUGUAUGUAGAUUUUCGAUUAGAUGCGUGAGAUGCUUCGAAGCGCGACGGAAGUUUACGGAGCAAAAAUCAAAGAUAGAGUAGUGGAAUUAUAUUUAAAAACGCAUUUUCGUUUUAUGUAAAUAAAAAGAGAAUGUUAGACUGCUUAGGACGGAUAACCAUGUAAUGCAGCAUUCAAGAGUAUUUUGAUGUAGUACGUGCGUAUUGCUUUUUUAGGCAAAGAGAAUAAUACAUUCAAAUGUUCAAUCAAAUACUUGAGAACAAGAAUGAUCUAGUUAAUGAAUUUCGGAUAAUUCUAUUUAAUGAAUUCUUCUGAGAAGAGAGAACACUUUAAUUAAAGAUGUUCAUCAUAUCAAAAUAUAUGCAUGAAUAGAUAUAUGAACAUUAUUUUACGAUGAAGUAUAAAAAUUAAAGUACAAUUUAAAUAGAAUGUUGAUUAUAUUUUUUAUAUUAGAAUUUAUCUAUGUAAAUACGACCACAUAUAGAAUUGGAUAUUAUUGGAAUUACUGAAAAGACAUCCAAUCAAUGUAAACGUACUUUGCUUAUCAUAGUGAUAUUACAAUUUGAUUUACAGUUUCUGCUUUCAAUAAAUAUAAAUGUGUUCAAAUGUACGUAAA